AUGCAUGUAGGCCCGAGCCCUGACCGCUUGCUCUAUACACAAACACACAAACAGGCAGACACCCUCUCCCUCUUUCAAAUUACACCACCAUCAGACCGCUCUCGAGGCACCAACGCACCUAACAACAGUCCCCUCAGUCGGAGCAUGCAAGAACACCCUCAGCACCAACACCAGUGUUCACUUUCCCGUGACGCCCGAUCGCUGGGGCUCAGUUUUGCCGGCUCCGCAGGAGUCGGACCCACUUCGGCUCCCCAUUUGACAACCUACGAAGCCCAGAGUGGGUGUGCAAAAAAGCCAAACCCAUCCACUGAAUUCUGGGCCAAAAUGUGCCAUUCUCUACUCUUUAGCGCCUUGAUAAAACCGAUAGGACAUUCGCGUCUUGGCGAUUCCGCUCAGGCUUGUGGGCUUGACAUAACAGAACGUCCUGAUAGACAGGCCUUGUACUUCGGGCCACUUGCGGCUAUAUGCAACCAAGAUCCGUUGCCAUACCCGAGUGUGGCUAGCUCUAUGUGUAAGGUUGUCCGUGAUCUUGCAGGUAGGCCGAGUCAUGAGAUCCAGCACUUUUGA